AUGGUGUCGAGCGAACCCAUCAAACCACCCGUUACAAUGGCAUCACCGUCAAAUUCCGCGGACACCUCGCUGUUCAAUAACCCGACUCUCUCUGACGUCAAGAUCCGCCAAAUUUACAAAGGCAAAGUUACAGAGUACUUUGCACACAAAGCUGUGCUCUGCGCACACUCUAAGUGGUUUCUCAAAGCGUUUACUGGAAAGUUCAAGGAAGCUUCUGAGCAAACAAUCGAAGUGCUCGAUGACGACCCGAAGAAGUUCGAGCUCAUGCUCAAGUUCAUUUAUACUAUGGACUUGCCUCCCCCUUCAAGCUCAAGCUCGUGUCAUAUUGAGGCCCUAGUCGAGCACAAUAUCAUGGUUCCCAUCGGCGUCUAUAUUCUAGCUGACAAGUACGAGAUUACUCCUCUCCUGCACCAUACCUGCUACCAAGUCGGGGUUUCUAUGCGUAUUCAUGGAAAGUCUCUGAAAGAUGAUCAUAUUGCUGCGAUUGUUGCAGCAUAUUAUGAUUCUUGUUCACGCGCCCAGAGCACCAUGGGCAUUACCAUAGCACAGGGAAUCGACAAGCAUGUUGGUUCUUGGAUCUCGCACAGCCAGAUGCAUCCAGACACUACCUUUGAUUCGAUGGUUAAGAAAUACGGUUUUUUCGCUGCGGACCUUGUGCUUGCCUUGAAAUCUGCUGGACGUUUAGAUUUUGGCAGAUAG